UGUAAUUGUCAUUUGAGAAAGGUUCUAUUUCGCUAUUUGUACUGCGCCACUCUCUUUAAUCAUUUAUUUUGGUUUGGGCACCUUUAUCUCUGUCUCACCAUUCUACGAUUUUCGACCAAAAUUAAUUCCAUAGUGAUAACACGAAAAGAUAACGAAUUCAUAUAACCAAUUAUGUCUGUUAGGAUUUUAACAAAUUUUACUCGUGCUAGCAAAAACAAAAUACUUACAAACAAUUUUAGAACACUCUUCAAUCCAUCGCUGCCAAUCGACACGCCCACAAAUUGUUCACAUUUAACACGAUCCUAUUCCACCAAUCAAGCGAUGAGAUUUAUUCGUUUCCAGAGAGGUGACGACACCAAAGUUAAUGUUGGAUCCCUAUCCGAUGAUGGAAAAUGCUUUUUGGCAUUCGAUCAAUCAUUACCAAAUGAUAUGAUCGAAUUGAUCAAAUCAAAUCCAAAUGCUGACCUUUUGAAAUCGAACAAUUGGGAACCGUUAACCGAUGACAUUAAAUUAUUGGCACCAAUACAAAAUCCCGAAAAAAUCAUUUGCAUUGGAUUGAAUUACCUGGGCCAUUGUCAAGAGCAAAACAAAGAAGCACCGAAGGAGCCAAUGUUUUUCAGUAAAUUUGCAAGCACUAUUACUGGACCAACUGGUGACGUGAUUUUGCACGCAAUUACAAAUCAAUUGGACUGGGAGGUUGAAUUGGCCGUCAUUAUCGGAAAAGUGGCGAGAAAAGUGAGCAAAGAAAAUGCAUUCGAUUAUGUAUUCGGUUAUAGUGUUGCUCAGGAUAUUUCGGCACGUGACUGGCAAAAAGCACGUAAUGGAGGCCAAUUUUUAAUUGGGAAAUCAAUGGACACGUUUUGCCCACUGGGACCGGCUAUUGUACAUAAAAGUCUUGUUUCCGAUCCACAUAAUUUAAAAAUUACUUGUGACAUUAAUGGCAUUAAAAAACAAUCAGGCAAUACCAGCGAACUUAUUUUCCGUAUUGAUGAUAUCAUACAUUUAUUGUCACAAUCCAUCACUCUUAAGCCUGGUGAUGUGAUAUUGACCGGUACACCGUCUGGAGUGGGUAUGCAUAGAAAGCCCGCUGAAUUCCUUGCUGCCGGUGAUGUUAUCGAAAGUGAAAUUGAAUCAAUUGGAAAAAUUUGCAACAAAGUUGUUGCUGAUACAUUGUAAACAUCAACAAAAAUUUAGACAACGAUUUUUCGAUGGAAUUAUUAAUUGAUUGAAAUAUAUAAUAUUGUUAUUCAUUUGAGAUGAAAUAA